AUGGAUCCUAAUGUAGAACGGGCGGAGCUCUCUAAGGAUACUUCGUCUGAGGUGAGAUCAGCCAUAUCACCAAACUUUACCGUAAAUGUUGUUCGAACAUUGGAAGAGGAGUCGUCUCCUACUAGCAUUGACUUUCAUCCUGCUUCAGAUGCGGUUCUUCUGGUUGGAACAGAUAACGGCACUGUACUAAUUUGGGAUGUCAAGGCUGGUGUGAAACUUUACUUCCACCAUUUUGUAGUUUGGGAUUUAUUAGUGUGUUGCACUACAGUUCAGGAUCUGGAGAAUGAUAAAAAAUUGAGAGUUUCUGUUAACAAAGUCUUGUGGUGUGGUCCUAGUGGCUCAUAUUUUGGGGUAGCAUUUUCUCAACACCUUGUUCAUGUAUAUCGUCGUGGCUCUGGUGGUAUCGUUUACGUGAAUAAAGAAAUUGAUGCUCAUGAUGGCAGUGUCAAUGAUCUUGCAUUUGCCCAUCAGAAGCCGCAUUCAUCAGACAUACUGAUGCUCAUAACAUGUGGAGAUGACAGGAAAAUACAUGUGUGGAAUGCUGAUACUACAGCCUUACUUUAUACUUUUGACGGUCACAGUGCUCCGGUUUGUUCAAUCUGUCCUUACUUGAAGAAUGAGGUUCAUUUAAUCCUUUCAACGUCAAUUGAUGGAAAGAUGAAGACAUGGUUAUAUCACAAGAGGGGAGGAGGAGGCAAUAUUGAUUGCCCUGGAGUUGGAGAUUGCAAAUUGGAUUACAAUGCUGCUAGUAACAGGCUGUUCUUGUGCGGAAUCACCAAGGAUAGAGAGUCAUAUUUUGUGGAAUGGGAUGAAGUUAAAAGAUGCAUAAAAAGGUCAUACAAAGGGCUUAAGAAUCCAUGCUCUUCAACCAUCAAAUUCAGUUCAUCUCCAAACCAAAUUUUGGCUGCUGGUGAUGAACAUAUGGUUAAAUUUUGGAGCAUGGACAAUGUUGAGCUCUUGACAAGCACGGAUGCCGAUGGAGGAUUACCUGAAUGUCCAUACAUUUGUUUCAAUAGAAGGAGCACAUUACUUGCUGUAUGUGCAAAAGAAAACAAGAUCAAAAUUUUAGAAAUUUCCAAUGAAAACUUGGGAAAGCAUGAGUGCAUAAAAAGGUCUGAUUCAAAUGAAAUAUGGCCGAACUAUUGGAAUGUUUCUGAAAUUUGUGAACCAUCUCAGUGCCAGAGUUUGCAACUGCCUGUUCAUACCAAACAUAUGAUUGAUAGAUUGACUUACAAUCAUGCUGGAAGUUGCAUUUUUGCAUUGGCAUUGAACGGUAGUGUUGUGCGUUGGAUGUGGCCAUGUGGCCAUACUAACUUGGAUGGCAAGGCAAAUACAAAGGUUUCCCCUAAGAGCUUUCAUCCGAUCUUGAGGAAUGACCUUAAAAAACACAACAGAAAAGACCAAGCUUCAUGCCUUACUGUGUCAAAAGAUGAUCAGUAUAUCCUGUCCUCGUCAGGGGCUGAAAUCAACCUAUUUGAUCUGUAUCUGUCUCGGAUGAUGGGAAAUUUCAAGAGGAAUGCACCUAUGGCAACAUGUAUUGCUUUUCACCCUCAUAUAGACGGAGUAGCUGCUAUUGGCAUGGAAGACUGCAGUAUAUGUAUAUACAAUUGCUUUAUAAUAGAGGAUAUAAAGAAGCUUGUUGAUGGCCAUACCAAAAGAGUAACUGCCCUUGCCUUCUCUAAAGAAUAUACUAUUCUCGUUUCUGGUGAUGCGGAUGCUCGGGUAACUUUUCACAAAUAA